GUGAGUAUAGGACUAUGUUGUUAUUCUGCACAAUCAAAAGUCCUGGUUUGACAUGAACAUUUGUAGAAAAAUACCAAAACUAUGAUAUGAAACAUCGUCAUGUAAUGUUGUUACAUGCAACUAGAGGGAAAAAAAAGACCAGAACCUUUACAUCUUUACAUCUUCAACUGUCAAAUUUCAGUUUGAUCUAGCCUUUGAGUUUUGUUCUUGCCUGACAGGAAUGGAAUUUGAUAUUCAGCUGUUUUAACCGCUUGAACACUGCUACAGAUGCCUUUCUGUUCAGUGCAACUGUAGUGGUGGUUAUCUGAUCAAGAAAUUUUUGACUCUAUGCAGUUCUGUAUAUAUAGAUAUAUUUUUUUUAUUUUAGCUUAGCUUGCACAACUAGCUUGUAACUAGACUUAAAUAAAGACUGGUCUGGUCUUGUCUUUAAAAGCUAUGAAAGAGAUUUGAGAUCAUACUUUACUUUUUUAUGAUGCGGUACUGAGAAAGGUCGGUGCCACCAAGAGAUCUGACCUACCAUGAACUGAGUACAGUACUUAAUCAGAAAAAAAGCUUUUCUGUGAUUGACCUGUGAGUAACCAUGUGUUACUAUUAAUGUGUCACUAUUAGUAUAUAAAGUAGGUCAUGUGUCAUGGUGAAGUCUCUUCAAUAUUACUGGUGAAACUAGUGUAUAAUGUACAUUGAAACCCCGGAUUGCAAGUAACGCAGUUUGUGAGUAAAGAUUUUUAAUAAAUUUUGACUUGGAGAACGAACCGAGUAACCAAGUACAGAGUAUCGAGUAUCAUGUAUCACGCAUGUGCGUUUUGUUUUGACGCCAAGCAUCAUGUGAUCACAACUGAGCCAACUGUUUUUCUUUCUCUUGCGCUGCAGAAUUGAGGGUAAUCCUCUCCCCUGCUGGGUCUUUGUGCGCGUCUCUUACUGGUAUAAUCAACAUCCGUGCAACACUGACCAUGUGUGUAUGAACAACAACGGGAAUAAAAGGGCACCAACAACAGCAACACAGCGUCUAAAACAAGAUUACCUCAGAAUAAAGAAAGAUCCAGUGCCUUACAUCUGUGCUGAACCACUUCCCUCAAAUAUAUUAGAAUGGCAUUAUGUUGUUCGGGGACCAGAGAAAACACCUUAUGAAGGUGGAUACUAUCACGGAAAAUUGGUAUUCCCGCGAGAAUUUCCCUUCAAGCCACCUAGUAUUUAUAUGAUAACACCAAACGGGAGAUUCAAGUGCAACACAAGGUUAUGCCUCUCCAUUACUGAUUUCCAUCCAGACACGUGGAACCCUGCCUGGUCUGUGUCCACCAUACUCACAGGGCUGCUAAGUUUCAUGGUGGAGAAAGGUCCCACGUUGGGAAGCAUUGAGACAUCGGAUUACACUAAAAGACAGCUGUCUGCACAGAGCUUGGCCUUUAACUUAAAGGACAGAGUCUUUUGUGAACUGUUUCCAGAAGUAGUUGAGGAGAUCAAGCAGAAGCAAAAGGCUCAGGAGGAGCUUAGUUCACGGCCGCAGGCUCUGCCGCUUCCAGACGUGGUGCCAGAUGGAGAGCAGGGUCACUUUGGGCUCCCAGAGAUGAACGGGCACGUCCCUAUGGGAGAAGCAGCGGCUCCUCAGCACCUUGCCCUCCAGCAGGCUAACCGCAAUCAUGGACUCCUUGGCGGAGCGCUUGCGAACCUGUUUGUAAUAGUGGGCUUUGCUGCCUUUGCUUACACGGUAAAGUACGUACUUCGGAGCAUAACCCAGGAAUGAGACAGGACCUUACUGGACUGGGCUGAAAAUAUUUUUUGUGGGUAUCAAGUCACCAAAGUAAGCUCCCAUUCCUUUAAUAAAACAACGAAAUGACAAACCUAAUCAAUUCUUCUGUGAAUCUGAGGAACAUCGUGGUGCUACUGAAAGUACCAUAAUGCAGCUGAAGAUUUGCCUGUAGGUUGCUACAUGAUUUCUGGAUUGCUGCACAGGCUCGGCACAUGUCCACUGACCAAUCAAAAAAAACAUUAUUGAUGGAAAGUUACUCACAGCCCAGACACCUGAGGAAAUGCUUAUGUCUCUUCAGUUCUGUUAUUAAAAGAAAGGACCAGUGUUUUUGUCACUUUUAAUGUAAGGGUGGAAACCACAGACCAAGUUCCAUUAAGGAAUUUUUGUGUACACCACACCUUCAUUUGCUCUUCAUGGGGUUUUCCAUCUGUGUUCAAUUCAAACAUCUUUCAUCCCUUAUCUUUCCAUUGUUUUGCAUUAAUGGUUUUCACCAUUAUUCAUCCUGAGAGUACAGUUUGCUCUGUAAACACAAAACAUCUCCUUGUCUUUGAUCUGAUUGCAGGUAAAGUGUUACAACAAGGCACAGUUUAUUCUUCCUUAUCAAUUAUCAUUGAUUAUUAUUUAUUACUAGUUGGAACCUCCCCUAAAUGUAAUGCUAGAGAAGGAUAAAUGCGGGAGGUAGAGAACGCUAUGAAUAAAUGACAUCGAAUGAAAAACGGAUAUUUGCUUAGUCGUGUUUUAUCUUUUUCUCAUAUUGUAAGGCCAGAGUCACUGGUGGUUAUUAUCCGUUUGCACUUUGUGAAAGUGGUUUAAUAAAGACUGCUGUCCUGAUUAGAUUAAAACAUAAAACAUGUCCCAUCUUUACUUAGCAUUAAAAUAAAUUUAUUGCUGUUUCAAAAA